CAAGUUGUACUCCUUGCCUUCGGGCUUAUCGAAUCAAAAAGGUUGACAAAAAAGAAUAUCCCACCUUCUUCUUUGAAGCGGAAUCCUGGGCCAAGCAACUCGCUCCAAUGACAAAGGGAACAGGGAGUUUCGGAAAGAGGAGGAACAAGAGUCACACUCUGUGUGUUAGAUGCGGUCGUCGUAGCUUUCACAUCCAGAAGAGUCGCUGCUCUGCAUGCGCUUACCCUGCCGCUCGCAAGAGGACCUACAACUGGAGUCUGAAGGCAAUCAGGAGGAAGACCACUGGAACGGGUAGGAUGAGGUAUCUCAAAAAUGUUCCCCGCCGAUUCAAGACUUGUUUCAGAGAAGGUACUGAAGCCAAGCCAAGGAACAAGGCAGCAGCAGGUUCAUCAUCCUAAGAAAAAGGAGUCCAUUCCGUCUUAAACGCAGCAAAGAGUAAAGCCUAGCUUUGUAUCGCAUUAUCUAGUUCAGUAGCCCGUGAAAUAACGAGAUGUUUGAUAGAGAACAAUAGUACUUUGAAUGUAAAACUCUGUAUAUUUCCUUCCCCUUAACACUCAAUACAAGUGAAAAGCCUAAGUCUCUA